UAUUGCUUGAGGAAGCAUACCUAAAAGCAGCAGCUCCUACAAAGAAGAUAAGAAACUCUUCUUAGCAUUUCCAUAAGGAAGACAGCAUCAAAACAAGCCAUGGAAAUUAGAAAUUUGAGCUAAUUAUCUCCGUAGGAAAAGAGGGGUAUCUACAAAAACAGAAAUAAAACCAGAAAUAAAAUAAAACUGUUCGUGACGUUUUUCAUCUCAACAUCUUCAUUGUGGAAUCACAGGGGUUUAUAAAGUCAAGACAGCAUCUCAAGCUCAGAAUAUCCCGCUGACAAGGUAACACCAAGGAUUGUGGUGUUUUAUCACCCAGCUCCAGAGGCAUGAGUUGGUUCCCAAAAAGCCUUGGGAAUUCCCAAGGGGGCACAGGGCAACUGAAAAAUCGACUGGAAGAUCUGAAAAAGCCCUGGAAGAAAGAAGCAAGCCCUUCAAUGCUACAGCAUAGUGAGACUGCCAGGCUAGCUGUGGAUUCCUUUCUGGAACAAGGAGAAGCUGGCUAUCUGCAAGUCAUCGCAAAAGAAAAAGAACUGCCCUUCCUCUCCACAAUGGACAUGGCUUACAUGAGCCAGCACAUCCAAAGCAUCCCAGAGUCUCCAAAGAAGGGGCUAGAGGCAGGACUCUCAAGAGCUGACAGCAUGGACAGGGAAUCUCUCCUCUCUGAGAUAACAUCUGGGACAUACUUCCCAUUAAUGUCAGAUAUUGAUCCCCCUCAACUGGAGCUCGGUUGGCCAAUGAUGUCUUCUGUCACAGUGCUCAACCGAACAGAAGUCAGUUUGUAUUUCCAAAGGGAGAAGGCAAACAAUGUGAAAGAAUUACAUCGAUCUCUAAUAAGCAAGGCCAAGACAGUGAUUGCAAUUGUGAUGGAUCAAUUCACAGAUAUGGAAAUACUCAGUGAUCUGAUAGAAGCUUCAAACAAACGUCAUGUUCCUGUUUAUCUGAUCCUCGAUGAAAAAAACCUAAAGGAGUUUACAGAAAUGUGCAAUAAAAUGGAGGUCACCAUGGAUGACUUUCUGAAUAUGCGCAUACGAUCUGUAAGUGGAGAUACAUACUAUAGUAAAGCUGGCAAGAAGCUUACAGGACAAGCCCUUGAGAAAUUUAUGUUGAUAGACUGUGAACAAGUGCUUGCAGGGACUUACAGUUUUACAUGGCUCUGCAGCCAGGUACAUACCUGUUUAGUGAUGCACUUCAAAGGAAAAAUUGUUGAUGAUUUUGACAGAGAGUUCCGAUGUAUAUAUGCUGAAUCUAGAUCAGUGAAUCAACUUGGAAUCCCCACUGCUGAAAAUUCCACACCUUUUCCUUACAAGACCAUGCAGAAAUUUGACCCCAUUUUAAAACAUAUUCAACAGAACGAAUAUGAAGCCCUCAGUCCAUCAAGCACCCUUUCAACUUGCAGUGUCGUGACCAUCAAGAAAUCACCAUAUGAUAACCAAUCAAUUUCCAAUGUAUACUGUGAAAAGAAGGAAUUAACACCAGGUGAAACAAGAAAAACCAUUUCAGGCUUAAUGGGACAUGACUUGAGAUACCAGCCUAGGGAGUUUCCAGACUCUAACUGUGGUAUAUUAGAUAAAGUAAAGCCUCCACUCAAUGAUGCUUCUAAUUUAUUGAAAUUUAAGACAUCUUUGCUAUCAGUAUCUUCACCAAUAUUAGCUGACGACAUAGGAAAUGGACAUCUUCCUGACAAUAUGGGAACAAAAGAUAACAAGAAGUUCCUUUAUACUCAACCAGUUGAAAAUGCAAGCAAACUACAUAAGAAUGAUAAAUCAGGACCUCAUGGAUACAACAAAUUAGAAUUCAUUAACAACCCUAUUAAACCUAUAAAUUAUGAAAUAAAGGGCACAGUUCCUAGAUUCCUUGAUGGCUCUGAUGAUAUGCCAAUGGAGAACAACAGCAACAUAAAUAGGACUGAAAAAAGGAUGACACUUGGUCACAGCAAAUUGGAUUUGAUUACUAACUAUAGUAAAUCAAAGUCAAAAGCAGUUCAUAGUCGAUUUGAAAUGUAAUGUAACAAAAAUAUUUCAAAUGUGGAAUGAAACUAUAAUAAUACAUCAGAUUUAUAGCUCAAAAAUAUUGGGAAAGUUUAAAGCUUAAUAAAGCCAGAAAAAUGAUCACAUACCUGUGAAAGAGAUUUAAGAUUGUUACUACUUACCUCUGGAGUUAAUUUGAAAGGACAGGCAUUUUGAACAUUGAAAUUGUCUGGUAUUUUUUCCUUACAGAAAUAAUGAGAAUUCUUCAUAAUUCAUAAUUCCUGAAAUACUGGAGAGGCAUGUUUAGAACAAGGCUAUUUCUCAGUUUAAUAGCUUGGGGUGUGGGGGGGAAAGGAAAUACAUACCAAUGGAAAUAAGUUGAUGAAUAUCACUAUGUAAAUAAAAUAGUGUGUGUGUGUAUACAUAUAUAUAUGUAUAGUAC